CAUGAAAUAAUCUGGCUCAAAUUAGAUCCAUCACGCUCUCCCCGCGGUUUUUCUUGCAUCUUGCUGGCCGUCGUUUACUACCCAGGCCGUAACAGUCCAGCAGAAUCCGACAGUCAGAAUUUGCUCAACCAUCUAUUUGACAGUUUGAAAUCAGCCGAAUCUUUGUAUCCAAAUUGUGGAAUUAUUGUCACUGGCGAUUUUAACCGUCUUGAUAUUUGCCAUUUGCGGAACCAUUUUAAAUUAAAGCAGCUUGUUAAAUUCCCCACAAGAGGCCAGGCCACGCUUGAUCUAAUACUAACAAACAUGGGCAAUCACUUCUCAACGCCCGAGAGCUUUCCCCCCUUUGGUCUGUCAGACCAUAGCACAGUCAUCGUAAAGCCGAAGGAAAGGAUACUGAACCAACAUACCAGGAAAAAGAUCAAUAUCAGGGAUAUGAGAGAAAGCAAGAAGACAAGUCUCGGCCGCUAUCUCAGCAAUGUCGACUGGUCAUGCAUCAAUAUGCAAAGCUCCUGUGAGGGAAAACUCCGCAUUUUUUAA